AUGGCCCCGGUGGCGCGCGUCGACCACGAUGCGCUCGAGCAGCAGCUCAAGGACACGAUCCAGACGCUCACCAACAUCAUGGUGCAGGUGACGAACUACGACGCGACGGGCUCCUCGGCGUCGAGCGCGGCCGGGGGCGGCAGCGCGCGGGGUGUGUCGUCGUCGUCGUCGCGCGACGUGAUCGCGAGCGAGCUGCGGGCGCUGUCGGCGUCGCUGCAGGCGGUGCACCAGCGCUCGGCGGCGUCGCUCGCACCGUCGCCCGUGCCCGCCGCCGCCGCCCUCCCUCACAUCCCCCCUGAGCUCAUCCAGUACGUCGACAACGGCCGCAACCCCGACAUCUACACCCGCGAGUUCGUCGAGCUCGUCCGCCGCGGCAACCAGCUCCUCCGCGGCAAGCAGGCCGCCUUCGCCGCCUUUCGCGACGUCCUCGCCGGCGAGAUGGACCGCGCCCUCCCCGAGCUGCGCCGCGACACCGCCCGCGUCCUCGCCGCCACCGCCGGCCCCGCCAGCGGCACGGCCGCCGCGGCGGCGUCGAGGAGGACGUGA